CCUUGGAUCUUUUGAAAGAGUUGAGAGACGAGUCCGUCAGGCCUGGUUUCUCUAUUCCUUUGACUUCGCCGUCGAUACUUCAGUAUAUAAACCUUUCUCUUUCCUCUGUACAAGAUCUCUUCUCCCUUCCCCGUUCCUAGCCAUCAUACCGACCACACCCUCACCAUGCCAGCCCUCCCUCUCCCCAUGCUCUUCCCCCUCCUCCUCCUCCCCAUCAUAUCAACCCUCUCCUUCCUCACCCUCGCCCAAGACGACAACAACAACCCAUCCACCCGCCACAUCCACGCCGCCAUAGCCUUCAUCCGCACCGGCAUCCGGACCCCCCUCCUGGACCCCUCCUCCCCCAAACGCCUCACCCCGCUCGGCGCCCACCAAAUGUUCACUCUCGGCCAGCACCUGCGCGGCCGGUACUUGGGCGACUCUGGCUCUGCAUUCGACGGGCCGGGCGGCCACGAACCCAUUGAGGUGUUCGGUAGGGAUGGUGUUAUUGAUCCGGGUCAGAUGGUGCGCGUGCGGACGCUGGAUCGAGCGUACUUGAUUGCGAGUGCGCAGGCUUGUAUGCAGGGCAUGUAUCCGCCGCGCUCGCUGGUCCAGGCAGCAGAGCACGAGACGGAGACGGAGACAGAGACGACGGGAUUGCAAUCGCAACUAGCGAACGGGUCCGUGGUCGAGUUUCCCCUGGGUGGGUACCAGUAUGUGCCGAUUCAGACGUUUGGAGUCAAUGACCCUGGGGUGGUGGUGUUGAAUGGGGAGAGGAAUUGUAAGAGUGCGAUUAGGGAGAGUGUGAGGUAUCGGAGUACGGAGGCGUAUGUGGAGAAGAGGAGGGGGAGUGAGGGGUUUUUUGAGAGGUUGAGGGGGUGGGAUGGGGAGGGUGGGGAUGGGGGGUUGUUUGGCGGAAACUACUCCAACGCCCUCCUCAUCCACGACUACCUCACCCACGGCCUCGCCCACUCCCCCACCAUCCGCAACGCCUUCCUCUCCCCCUCGUCCCCCCUCUACGGCUCCCUGCCCACCCUCCAACGCUACGCCGACGAAUCCGCCUGGUACGCCUGGGGCAACACCACCAUCGACGAAACAGACCAGCAGUCAUGGUCCCCACCCCUCCCCCAAUCCGAUCUACAAGCCAUGCCCGGCCGCACCCUCGCCGGCUUCGUCCUGAAUUCCUUCCAGGAAUUCUUCUUCUUCAAACCGGUCGAUGGUGGCGGUGGUAGUGGUGGUAGUGGUGGUCUAGCGAGUGCAGUUCCCGACCCAAGACCCCUGACGUUGCUGUUCGGAGAGUACGAGCCUUUGGUCGCUUUAUCCUCGCUGCUGGUGCUGGAUUAUGCGGACCCUGGGUUUAGGGGUGUGCCCCCGUUUGGUUCGGCGUUGGUGUUUGAGGUGUUUAGUAAGGGAGGCUCUGCGUCGGGGGCUGCGGAGACUAAUAAGGAUGGUCUUCGUGAGGGGGAGGAUCUCUGGGUUAAUGUCUUUUUUCUGAACGGCACGGCUUUUUAUGACGACGGUGAUGAUACGGGAAACGGAGCGAGGUGGCAAGCGUAUCCCAUGUUCGCGGAUGAACGUAGCGGGAUCGAUAUGCCAUGGCCCGAGUUCGAGAGACGGAUGAGUCGUAUCUCGACGGCGGGCGUGGCCGAGUGGUGCGGGCUGUGCAAUGCCACGACGGUGUUUUGCCAGGGCGUUGUUGGUGACGGCGUGGAUGGGAAUGCAGGCGGGGCGCCGCUGGAUAUAGAUGGCGCGAGUGGUGGGCACAAGAAGACGAAGGUCGUCCCGUUGAGUAGCGCUUGGGCUGCGCUGGGUAUCGUGCUUGGUCUGCAGCUGGCUAUGGUAAUGGUGCUUAUGGUGCUCGUGGUGUGCUGUGGGUACCAGUUCCGCAGGGGGGAUCCGGAUGAUGCGUGGCUUUGCGGCGGGAGGAGGAGGAGGAGAGGUAGUGGGUUCAAAGGGUCGGCGAAGCUGGCGAGUGAUCCUGAUUUGAGUCUUGCUGGGGAUGCGGGUGUGUCUGCGGGAGCUACGGUGUUGAAGGGUGGGCAUGGGAGGGUGGAGAGUUGGGAGUUGAGGCAGAAGGGGGUUGGUUGUGGGGAAAGCGCGGGAGGGGAGGGGAGUGAUAGGUCGAGUUUUGAUGUCCUCGACGAGUCGGAGGCGGAUCUGGCGGGUGCGAGGAGGGUGGAGGUGGUGGAGAUUGUGUGA